GCCGUGGCCUGCCCGGCUUGCGAGCCGCCUCCCUGCGCGGCUUGCCUGGUCUGCGAGCCGCCGCCGGGUGCGACCCGCCCGGCCUGCGAGGCGGCCGGCGGCGACUCCGGGCGAGAGGUCGGCUGGGAGGCUCGCUGGAGCGCUGCCCGGAGGCCUGGUGCGCUGGCUGGUGGGAGUAUCCGGUCGCAGGCAUGACGACGCUCGUGUGGUGGCUUCUCAGCGUCGUGGGGCGGAGGUGGUGGACUAGAGCGCUCCUAGUGGAGCCUGGGGUCUGCCGAUUCGCCGGCGACGACGUCGAUGACGGACGGGUGCUGCAGCACUACGUGGCAGAGGGCGGAUGGGUCAUCCUGUCCCCAGAGGUUGACAUCUACGCGGAGGACAUGAGCUGCGGCAGGUCCGAGACCGGGCCUGCCCGAUCGCUCCCGCUGGCGCAGCGGGUGGGCAGGAUGCGGAGGCUGUAUCGCUUCGAGGAGACGCUGGGGCCUGAGGAUCGGGCCAGGACGCUGACGCGGGGCCGUCAGGCGGCGCUGUAUGUAGAGACGGCGUCGCCUGAGCCGAGGGAGGCCGGGGCCGUGAGCGGCCAGCGGGUCUCGUGGCAGGAGGCCUCUGGCCGGCGACUGGCCGCGGAGCAGGGUGGCCUGCUGUGCCUGAGCAGGGCCGUGGCUCGCCUGGUGGGGACGCCGCUGGAGGCUCCUGCUGGGGGUGAUGCCUGGGUCGGCCGCAGUGGCGUGCCCGGCGAUGAGAUCGGGGCGGAGGUCGACGUGGCGAAGACUGGAGGCCUGAGCUUCGAGGACGGGCCUGAGGCGUUCGGUGUGCUGAGGUCCGCCGACGAUGGCACGGGGCGACUCGGCCGUCUGGGCGCGGGGUCGGACGCUGGGCGCCUGGCCGAGGAGGAGGCUUUCAGACAUGACCUAGGCAGGAGCCAGGCGCGUGCCAAGGGCCCCGAGCGCCGACGCACUGCGGCCGCGGCGCCACUCGAGGGUGAGGAGCCCGCCGGGCCCAUACGCGGCACGGCUGUGCCAGGGCUGGCGCAGCCGCCCCUGGCGGAGCCGCUGGGCGAGCAUCGGGACGCCCUCGCCCGCGCGCUCUGGGUCUUCUACGACGAGCAGGGCGGACGGGUCAGACGAUGGCGAGACGUGGUAGGCGAGUCGAGGCAGGGGCGCCGCCCAGACGCACAGGUGGGCAGACCGCCUGGGGCUCUCCACAAGCGCGAGCACAUGGUGAGGCACGGUGGCGACCCGCGCCUCGAGCCCGACCCCGCCGUAUGCGUGAGGGGCCGUGGGAAGAAUGACUGGGUGGUGCAGAAGCUGAGGACGAUCGUGGAGGCCUGGUACCAGGGCUUAUUACGUGUCCAGCUGAAGAUGAGCGGCCUUAUGAUGGUGGGGGAGAUGACUCACCGCGGAACCGCCAUGCUGGAGGCCUACGGGGACCUGCCCAAGCCGAGCUGGAUGAACGCGGGUAUCCUCGCGGACGUGAGCUCGGAGAAGGAUGUCUCGGGGACCGAGCUCAGGGGCUACAUCCACCAGGGGGCGAUGAAGCCGUACGAGGUGGAGCAGGCGCAGAAUCUGGCAGCCCGCAGCUUCCUGCCGCUCCUGCUGCUGGGCGACGCUGGCCGCCGAAUUCGCGGCAGGUCUUGCAGGGUGAGGCAGUUCGGCCGUGAGAAUCGAAUUGCGUCGGAGGUCAACGGUAUCGUCGAUGCCGUUAACUGGAUGUCGGGGUACGACUCGCUUCCUGGCCCUGCCAAUGACAUGCAGCGGGAUGUACUUGCGCGCUUCGAGGGCCUCGUUCGGGGCCGGCAGCCGGACGCCAAGUUGCAGGAUCCGCAGGCGGCCCUCCGGGAGCUGCUGCGGGGCCGCUCGCCAUGCGACGGGCGCAGCGGCCCGACGACGGUCGCCUCCUACAGUGCAGGGCUCGUCAGCAUGCCGAUGGACGUGAGCGACUGCCCGCGUCUAGAGGACCUCUUGCCUGGCGAGGCCCUUACUUUCCUGCAGGAGCGCCAUGAGCGCAUGUUGCGAGAAUCACCCUUGCCGACUGACGUCGAGCCAUAUUUCGACUCGGUCCUCAAGUUCAACCACAAGGAGUACCGUGGCCUGGUGCGCCGGCUGCUAUCGGCUGGCAUUCUGGGAUGGACUCUAACACCGAAAGAGAGAAUUGAGAUGUUUUUUGUGUGGAAGGAUGGGCGGCGCCGACUUCGCCUCAUAGUCGGCGCCCGCCGUGCGAACGCCCACUUCAAGGACCCUCCUGGGGUGGAGCUUUUGAGCAGCGAGGGCCUUGCCAGAAUCGAGGUGCACGUGCCAGACGCGGGCUUCUCGAACUACGAGGACCUCCGCGCCGCGCUGGAGGCGCAGCAGGUGUACAUCGGCAUGGCGGACGUGAAGGACUGCUUUCAUCGGAUGCGUAUUGAUUCGGCCCUCUCGCAAUACUUCUGCCUGCCGCCUGUCAAGGCUGGGGCUUUCGGCGUGACCGAGGUCGAGGGGACCGAGGUGCAGACGUCGACGGCCAUCUACCCUUGCUGGCAGGUGCUGCCCAUGGGCUUCAGCUGGUCCCUCUACUUCGCCCAGCGGGCCAACGAGGAGGUAAGCCGCCGCAGCAGCGCGCUCCUUCGGGGGCCCAGUCUUUCAUACCAUGGGCCACCGCUCGUGUUCGCGCCGGGCAGAGCGUCCCAGGAGGUCAGGCACUACGUGAACGUUGACAACUUGGGGGUCUUCUCGCUUUUCUCUGAACUCGUGAGCGGCGUGAUGAACCAGCUGACAGGCCAGUUCACCAAGCUGAGCCUACUGCUGCACAAAGACGAGCUGGUGCCGGACAAGGCAGUAGCGCUGGGCACGGAGAUCGACGGGGGCCAGUUGCGGACUCGUGUGACCAGUGAUCGGUUCUGGCGCUGCCGCCAGGCCGUGCGAGGCCUCCUAGCCCGCCGCCGUGUCAAGGGGUGGGCCGUGGAAGCAGCGCUGGGCCACCUAACGUUUUGUGGCCUCUGCUCGCGCGGCACCUUGUCAGCCUUCAAUUCAGUUUACGGCUUCGUGCGAGCCCACUACGACGAGGCUGCCGUGCUAUGGGCUGAGGCGCGGCAAGAGCUGGCGGCCUUCAGCUCUUUGAUGUACUUCCUGGAAUCAGAUUGGUGGCUACCUUGGAAUCCCUUGGUGCAGCAGUCAGAUGCCAGUCUUCACGGCUACGGACUGGCAAGGGCCUUUUGGCCGCGGGAGCUGGUGGAGUCAGUCGGGCGCGUGCCUGGGCGAGCCCGCUUCCGCCGGCGCUGCGCGCGCAGUGCCCGCGAGGCUGCGCUCUGUGCAGCUGGUUUCAGCAUGAGCGAGAGUGGAAAAUGGGAGCUCAAGGGCCUUCCUGAAGAUGAGGAGGAGCUGGGCCAGUGGGACAUUGUGAGGGACUUCCCGGAGGUGCCCGCCCGGGGGCUCCGCGCAGGUCUGCGGGAGCCCUGCUUCGCAAAGACCUGGCAGCACCCUGAGGGCAUCCUGACCUUAGAGGCCCGAGCCCUGUCCACCCUUCUGGCUGAGCUGUUGGAGCUCGAGGGCUCCCAGGCGGGCUCAGAGCGGGUUCCCGCCUGGUCCGCACCUGAGCGGGUAGCCGGUGGCGCCGCGGCCCGCGAUGCUGCCUGUGCGCCCGCGGACGCCAGACGGGCGUGGCCGCUGCCUCGGCCCCCUGCAGGUCAGACAGGGCGCGAGGCCAGGGGCGGGGCGCCGGCGCACACGGCGGCUGGCGCCGUCUCGCCUGAGGCCUGGGCUGGGGACCUUGCCCCUUUGCCGCCAGUCGCGCCGCGGCCGUCGCCGGCAGCUCGGCGGGAGCGUCAGCUGGGCGAGUCGGAGCUCCUGAAGACAGCGGUGCAGCGCCGUCUCCUGCCGCGGAUUCUGGAGCAGAUGGCGGAGGACCUGAAGGAGGUGCCUGUGCCAGUUGGAUCCGCUCAGGGAGCGCGAGAGAGCGACGGCUCCUCCGACAGCGGGAGCUCCGAGCCCGAGGUCGAGACCGGCGCCGCGCGGCAGCGCAGGCUCGCGCAGUCGCACGGGCGCCUUGCCCGCCACUACGGGAUGACCACUGGCAAGAAGGGGUCCCCUUACCUGGAGAGGGAGGCCGCGUGGAUCCCGUCGCUGCGCGAGUACCAGAGGGCUGCGCACAUUGGCGAGGUCUUGGAGAGCAGGGGCGAUUCCAUGGUGACCUCGGCGUUGGUGGGCCAGCUGAAUGGACUGCACCAGACUGGGACUCACCUCUCCUGGGCCGAGAGGCUGAUGGUCGGCGGCCUGCACUUCAACCCCGACAUGUCGAGCUACGGUGCCCGGCGCCCCCCCCCGGGCUGGAGUUUCUGGACCCUGAGGCUCUCCCCGGAGGAGAAAGGCCCGUGGGAGAGAGCGGGCCUGGUGGGGGUGUCGCUAGAGUCAGACUCGCCCUGGAUGCGCUUCUUGGGCCCUGUGCUGCGUCAGAUGAAAAAGGUGAUGCACCCCGAGUGCCCGUGGAACUUCACGUGCCCAGAGUACCGCAGGAUGUUCAGCCUACGUCUCCAAGACCUGCCAGCAAGAGCCGAGUUGGUGCCGUAUCAGGUUUGCCUUUCAAGGGCCUUGGUAUGCAUGGCGAGGAGGUGGAGGCGGCUGGCCGAGGUGCAGACACGCUGGCAGUGGAGAGCCAAGCGCAGCGUCAUCCGCUACGAGAAGCACGCGCGCCUGGCAGCCACGUGGACAGCUCAAGGCCGCACGGUGCGAAAAGUGUUCCUGGUCUGCGGGGCUCAGCUCGCGGACAUCAUUUUGGAUCGCGCCUCGCCGCUCGACUUGCGGGAGCUCGACCGCGUCUGA